AUGUGCCCGAUGAUGCUCAACAGCUUUUCCGACGGCCCUGCCAUGGUCCUGUCCCCUCCCCAGGAACACGCCUUCCUUCAGUUCCCACGCCACUCUGGCUCGAUUUUCUCGAGUGGUUCAAGCACCUCGUUUGGUGCAAAGCUAGCUGUGUCUGGGCCUGUCAAUGGCAAGCCGUCGCGCAAAAGAUCGCGUGAUGAAGCGGCUUUCGAAGAAGCUAUGAAUUCCCCCAGUGUACCCUCCAUCCCCGCGCCGGCCCCUGCAAAGAAGGAGGAGCCUAUCUAUGGAGAAGGUAUGGUUCUUCUAAAUCCUCGUACCGGGUUGGCUCUCUCCGCAGAGACCCAGACAGGUACAUGGUACGAGGAAACGCUGGAGAGCGCUGCUGCUGCACCGUCUGUCUCGUCGCAUUCUCAGGCGUUCCAAUCCAGCCAGGCAAACACCUCUGGCCGGAAGUCCCAACGCCUUGACCCCUCCGCUCCCAGACUCGAUGAUAUUGCACUCUCUUCGGUGCAGCGAUUACAGGAUAGCGGCACAGAUGACAACCGCCGCCUCCUCGACGCCACAAACCGCUCGCCUAAUGAGCCGCUAGUUGACGACGCGACUCGCCUUCUCGGUAUCAGCUGGCAACGUAUCACGUUCGACGGCGAUGGCGACAUGGCAGCCGCAGUGCGCGGCUGGAAAAAGUACAUCGACAAACAAUAUUCUGCGUAUCUCCUAGACUCUCAAAUACUUAUGAAGAAUCGAGCUCUGAACGCUUACCUCGUGACCGCACGACCUGUCACGCCCUUUGGACCAGCAAACUCCAACGCCUUCUACUUAUUCAACGACGAUCUCACCCAGGCUCAACUGGUUGCAUCCGCUUGGGAAACCUGCAUUCAAAACCUCCGAUCGAAUCCCAUUGUCUUUGAGGGGACUCAGAUUCUGAAUGCUGCGCACCGAUCAGUCAAUGCUGCUUCCCUUCAAACACAAAAUAUCCUCGGCGCAAACCCCGCGGACGCCGGCCUUCCUCUCUUACAAACCCUCUCGGCGCAGCCCGUCAGCAAUGGCGUGAGCGUUGGGCUGAACGGCAGCGUAGGAAUGGGGACGGGCAUGGACAUCGACGCGUGA